GCUUAUUACGGAGGGACUUCCUGUUUCCCUCUCAGACGCAAUCUGGAGGAAGACUUGAAUGGUCCUGUGUUUCUUUCUCUGAGUCUCAACCUUUAUUUUACAGCUUCACGUCUGCCUGCUGACUUCGGCUCUCCUGAACCAAAUUACUGUUUUGGUAAAGAUUACCUUCUAAUAAAGUUCUUGAUCUUAAUCAUGGAUGAUUUUGUUUGUGACAAACUAAAUCAGUGGGGUCUAAGUGAGUGGAUAGAAAGAUUUACGGAACAAGGCAUUGACAAGGAAAGUCUUUAUUGUCUUGAAGAUCGAGACAUUGAUUGUUUAAUCCCAACAUUAGGACCAAGAGCAAUAUUCAAGAAGAACUUAAACAUAUUAAAGCAGGAAGAACAAAACACAAAUGCAGGCAAUGAGGAUUUUUCUGAUCAGCUGCAGCAUCAUGAAGAAGUCAUUGAGGCUGGACCAUCUACACGUAAUAAUGGAAAUAGAAAGCAGGAUUAUCGUGGAGAGACCAAUGAAGGUCAACCACCAGGUAAGCGGCGAUGUGAAGCAUCAGAAGUAAUGAUACUCUCUGAAGUUAAGGCAAUAAUGAGAAGUGUCUACAUAAGUCUGCACAACCCAGACAACACAAAGCUCAAUGCUUUCCUGAAGAAUAGAAUCAUGGAUUUGGAGACAGAUAAGAGGGAGCUGGUUGGUGUCUUUGGCAGAACUGGAGCAGGAAAGAGUUCUUUGAUAAAUGCUGUCAUUGGGGAGAAGAAACUUUUGCCCACUGGAAGUAUCAGUGCAUGCACCUCAGUCAUGAUUAAAGUAGAGGCUAACAGGCACAACCACAAGUAUGAGGCGGACAUUGAGUUCAUUACAGCAGAGGAGUGGAAAGAUGAAUUGUGGUCAAUGAAUCAGCUCCGCAAGGAUAAUCCAGAUAGUGAAACGGAGAGUGAUGAUGAUAAUGAUCUUCGUGACAUUGAUGACAAGCUGUCAGCCCUUUAUGGAGACGAGUGGAAAGAGAAAACACCUGAAAACCUCAUGGACAACAAAUACUUCAGAGAAAUUCCAGAAUUCCUCAAAUCCGGGAAGAAGACCUUGACAUGCGACUCAGCUCAUGAGCUAACAGCAAAAUUUGUCCAGUACACAAGAAAUGACACAAAAAAAGGAGAAGGUAAAGAAGUAAAGAGGUGGUACUGGCCUCUUGUGAAGUGUGUGACUGUCAGGGUACCAAACAAGGAUCUUCUCCAGCACGUCACACUCGUUGACCUACCUGGAAAUGGGGACCGUAACAAGAGCAGAGAUGAAAUGUGGAAAGGGAUUGUUGGAAACUGUUCUACUGUGUGGAUUGUGGCUGGUAUUAAUCUUGCUGCUGUGGAAAUAGAAUCCUGGGAAAUCCUGCAAAAUGUCAGUAGUCUCAUUGGAAAUGGUGGCGAGUGUCAGCAAAUUCACUUCAUCUGCACCAAGUCUGAUGAUAUUGGACAUCUGGAUGAUGACUCAGCAGACGCUAUUCGCACUGACAUAUUCAAGAGAAACAUGGAAGCCAAAGAGGCAGUGUUACAGGAAUUCAACAGGCUCCACACAAUUAAGAAACACUUUGGUGGCGACAGUUUCAAAGUGUUCACGGUGAGCUCCAAAGAGUUUCUGAAAGGACAACAUCUAAAUAAAGAGGAAACAGAAAUACCUAAACUACAGGACUUUCUGAAAAAUCUCAAUGACUGUCACUCAGAGACAUUAAACUAUGUGUCUGGAGCUCAUGGGAUUCUCUCCUUGAUUCAAGGGGCCAGAUGUGGAGACGCUGACGGUCAAAAAACUGAUGUUUGUGAACAACUUCAAAACAAGAUAAAACGUCAACUUGGCCCAGUUAAAGAAGAAAUGAUUAAAGCUUACAGAGCUUUUGAAACACGUCUCUGUGAAGGAGUGGAAACCUCAAAAAGUUCAUAUGAAAAAAGCUUGAAGUGCAUUAAUCCAAGAAGGAAUGGCAGAGGAUUCUACAGGACACUGAAGUGUGUGGUCAACAAUGGUGGCAUUUAUCAACCCAAAAAAGGAAAACAAAUAAACCUGAACAUGGAGUUAGCGUCAUUCCUGACUGACAGUAUUGAUGAAGAAUUCAGGAGGACAUUCCCAAAUGACGGAAAAGACGGGCCAUUCUUUGGUGUCAUCAAUAAAUUUUCAUUGGACACAGAGGGACUGAUUCAGGAGUACGAUGGUGUCAAACUGCAGCUCAUCUUUCUGAAGACAGAGGAAGAAAAAAUCAAGACAAAGCUGAAAAGAGAAAUCCGCGACCGCAAGAAAAAGAUCUACAACAGUCUGACGGAGACCAUUGCAAACAAUAUGCAAGACUGCUACAAGAGAGCAGCAGAAUUUAGAGGAACGGGCUCGAUGCAAAACAUGAAGGACAUGAUUGGAAAACAUGUGUUUGAGUCUAAGAACAUCAUGUUUGACCAGGCUAAGCAAGUUAUGUUGAAGAAACUUGAAGACUUGGUGGGGUACAUCUGGGAAACUCUGGAGAAAACAAUGAAGGAAUCAAUUGAGCUCUCACUGAAGACCAAUGACAACUCAAUCCCAGAUGUUUCAGACAAGCUUACGAUUGUAAAGAAUCACUACAAACAACUAGGAGGCAUCUCAGAGGAGGAAAUGUAAUGAAAUGGAUGCACUGAAUCCACGAUCAGGACGAUCCAGGACAAGUUCAAGGACCUGACAUUUUGUAGACAAAUGUUAAGUAAUAGAUUAUUUGCUGCUUUGCUAAAUGUUCUGUUCUCAGUUAUUUUGUCUUACAUUUUUUAAUUUGUUUUUAUUUCUAGAUAUUAAUACAUAUAUACACAUUAUACUUUACUAGGGAGGAGUCAUCUUUUUUUUCUCUUUUGUUGUAGCAGAUUAUUGCCUUUUGAAAAAAUGCAAAAACGUAAAAUAAUAAUGUAAUGAGAGGUGCUGGUUCGAUUCAAACUAAGAUUGUUUGUAGUUUCAUCAUACAGGUUGAACUACCGGGCCAGAAUCAGGGCCAGCUGAAUAAAUUUUACUUCCAUUUUAGUUAAAUAUGUCUUUGCUGGAAAGGAAUUAUUUUGAUAAGUUUGUUUACUACUUGAGUUUGUGUGGUUCCAGUCUGUGGUGAUAAUAUUAAAAAAAGUUUUAAGGGGGGUGUGCUAGUGAAUCAGCAAUGGACAUGUUUCUGAGGGCUCCCGCUGAUUAAGUUUCGAAAGUAUUUAUUUUUAUUCUACAAAGUCUCGCUUUGUGCAACAAGGGAGAGUUGAAAGGCUACUUCAUGGUUUUAUUUGAGGCAAAAAUGGCUUCCAAACUGAGGAAAUACAAGUACACCGGAGCGACGGAGACAGGGCCCAGCGCCUCUUUGGGCGAGAGUAUGGAUGGCGACCCAUGAUCGGCGACUGGCUCUGUGCCCUGCAAGAAGCAGAGUCACAUGCAGGACACUGAUAUUGCAGCUCUAAAAAUGAACUUCUUCAAACCAUCAAAAAGAACAUAUUUGCGGUGAUAAAGGAAGAGCUCAGAAAUGCACUUAAAAGCUGAAUAAUUUGCUGCGAGGGAUAAAAGGAAGCUUCCCUAUAAACAAUCUGUCUUGUAUAUCAACAAUGUCUGUGUCAAAUUUUUCUCCUUCAAAAUAAAAGUUCUGUGCUG